AUGGCCACAUCUGGCAAGAUACACGAGAAUGUUGAACUCGAAAGUUUUCUGGUGACAAAACAUUCAGCUUGGAAAGGCAAAUACAAGAGAAUCCUAACAAUCGGUACACACGGCAUCUCCACCUAUAAUCCCGAUAAGUUUGAUUUGACCAAUCGAUGGCCUUAUUCUGACGUUAUCAGCGCUGCUCCAAACAAAAGCGGAAAUAAUGUCAACGAGUUCAUCAUCACUUUGAAGAAAGAGAAGAAAAUUGACACCAUUCGUUUCUCGUCUGAGUACAAAAACGAUGUUCUCACUGCUUUACUAAAAUUUCAUAAAGAAUUUGCAGAACGUCCACGUCAAGGGCAACGUUUCAAUGCCAGAAAGCAUCAUUGGUCAGGUGUGAAGUUUCCUGUGACACUUGAAGUCACUCCAUGUUCCUUGGACCAACUUGAUCCCACAACUGGUACGAUUUUUGCAAGCUAUAAUUACAAGAACAUUGAUGGGAUCAUAGGUAAUGUCGGAGGUAUUCAAGAUGUUGAAGGUGGCAUUGUGCUCGCUUAUGGCGGUCAUAGUCGUCUUCAUUUAUUUAUGGCGUUAAAUCAUCAUGAGAUUAUUCAAAAUAUCGUACAACAAUGUAAUCAAUUCCUUGGCAUUGACUUAAAAGUUCUUCCAACGCAAAUCACUUUGAAUCAAUUCGAGAAAGAAAGAUUUGGUGAAUAUCAAAGUGACAUGCAUCAAACAUCAUUGUCAGAAUUUAUUGUGAAAAAGAUUUCGCCGCGACAUUUGGAAGCACCAAAAAGAAUUCUUUGCCUGACAGAAACGACGAUUUUAGAACGUGAUCCACAAACUUACAACAUUUGCACACUUCGUCCGUUGAAAGAGAUUUUUGCACUCAUUCGUAGUUGCAGCAACAUUCAAAUGUUUGGUGUUGAAUAUAAAAGUGGCGAUAUUCGUACUUAUACAACAAAUGAUCGAGAUUCACUUCUUGCAACACUUCUCGACUCUGUAAGAAGUUCCGGAAACAUGGACGUGCAUGUGAAGUCGUCAAAUUCUGAACGUAACAAACGUGUCGUGCCAUUAAAAACAUCAGUCGAUGAAGAAACCGAAGCCAAUCUUCUUCGUUUCAUUAUUCACUUCUAUCAAUAUCCAGUAAAACGUGCUGAAGUGCUUGACCGCUUCAAUGCCAACAUUCCUUACAGCGGCUUUAAUUAUUCUGUUUCACAAGACACACUUUUCGCUGAGAACAAGGAACGUUUAAUAUCAGCAGCCCUUCAAGCAUUAUCAGCUAAAGAUUCUGAUCCGAAUGCACCUCAAUUAACAAAUCUUGAAUUAGAAGCAAGUUUUCACGUCCUCCGACGAUUAUUAGCAAGUAAAGUUGGCUUUGCUGCAUUUACAAAUCUCACAGGCUUUCGAGAAUCGAUGGGAACGCGAGUCGUUCAAUCUUUAAAGAGAAACGACCUUGCUGUGACUUAUGCAGCGAUUGACAUGAUAAACUCAUUGAUGCAUUCAAUGCAUUCCGAUUACGAUUUGAAGCAAGAACAAUUGAACAAAGCAUCGUUGUUGAUGUCGAAAUCAUUUCUUGAGAGUUUGUUGGAUAUGUUUGUGAGUCAUAUUUCAUUGGGAAGUGGCGCUCUCGUUCUCUCGUCAAUGUUAGAUUUUCUUACCUUUGGAUUGUGCGUUCCUUACUCGGAGACAACCGAAGGUAAACAAUUUGAUAUUCUACUUGAAAUGGUUGCAUCGCGUGGUCGUUACAUUUACAAACUUUAUCAACAUCCAUCACUUGCUAUUGUGAAAGGCGCUGGUUUAAUAAUGAAAGCGUUGAUUGAGGAAGGCGAUGCAAAUGUUGCAAAGCAAAUGCAAGUGUUAGCAUUAGAUGAAGCUGCUUUAUGUCGUCAUCUUUUAAUUGCACUUUACACGCCAUCAAAUGACUCGACAAUGGCAACACAUCGUCAGAUAUCGAAACAUCUUAUAAAUUUAUGGGUGAAUGAAAGUGACGAUGCUUUGUCAUUGUUUGCAAGAAUAUUUCCAGCUGGCUUGUUGACGUUCCUCGAAUCAAAAGAUGCCGUGCCGAAGGAAGAUGAAGAAUCUGACAAAGUGAAUUUCCGAGAUAAUUUAAAGCUUGCAACGCAACAUGCAAGUGGAAAGAAUAUUCGAUUAAAUUAUUUGAUUGAGAAGCAUUUAGAAGGAAUUAAACAUUGGGGAAUGGCUUUGUUAGAUCAGGAGAAAGCUCAACAACAACAGAAACUUCAGAAUCGUCCAGUUGUCUUACGAAAUCGUCGACAGAGAAAGAAGAAAGCUGACAUUGUAUUCAACCUUCCUUUAUUCUUCUACAACUUCCAUAAAAAUCACAACAUGCCAAAUCUCAUUUGGAAUCAUAAAACACGUGAAGAACUUCGUACAGCACUUGAAAACGAAUUACGUCAAUUUCAAGCUGACAAGGAUUUAUCAGGAAAUCUUUUAGUGGCAUGGAAUUUUGAAGAAUUUGAAGUGAAAUACAAUUGCCUUGCUGAUGAAAUCAAAAUCGGAGAUUUUUACAUUCGACUUUUACUAGAGAACGAAGAUUGGCCUCAUAAUCUUAUAAAGAAUCCAACGGAAGUCUUCAAUGCUAUUUAUAGGAAAGUCCUAGCGAGAAAUCGUGUUAAUGAUGAUCAAAUGACGGUCAUUGCGCUUCAAGCUCUUGCCAAAGUCUUUCAGAAAUAUCAUGAAGAAAUUGGAUAUUUUAGUGAUAUCACUUACAUCUUACUUCUACUCGACAAAUGCUUGUCACCAGCAUUACGAGACGCUUUAAUUGGUUUCAUCAAGUGCCUCGUAUCUCACAAGGCAAACUGCCGUCCAUUACUGGAUCAUAUCAGUUGUCUUAUAGAUCUUAUCACAUUGUCGCAUCUUCAUAAAGGAAAUGUUGUGCCUAACACGAAGACUAAUGUUAUCGAAGCUGGUGACAUGAAGAUUGUCGAGGAGAAAGACUGGUACUACAACAUUGAGAAAGAGAAGGAAAAUGAAAAGCCAGAACGAUGUGGCCCAGUGACAUUUUCUGACUUAAAAGUUUUAUUCGGAAAAGGCGUCAUUACACCAAGAACGAGAUUGUGGGCUAUUGGAAUGGAUGGAUGGCGAUCACUGCAACAAAUUCCACAACUUAAAUGGUGCUUGAUGGCAAAAGGUCCGCCGCUGUUUAAUGAGAUUGAACUUGCAGCAGAAAUUCUCGAUAUUCUCGUCAAAUGUACGAGUUUCUUUCCAAGUCGUGCUCGUGAUGGUGAAGCUGUUUUAAUUCCUGGCCCUAGAAUAUCAAGAAGAUUAUCAGAGUUCAUUUGCCUUCCGCAUAUUGUUCAAGUCUGCUUAACUCAUGAUCCAAGGCUAUUGGAACGUGUUGCUUCGCUUUUGUGUCAGAUUAUGAGUGAUAAUCCCGAAAUAACGAAAGUUUAUCUCACUGGUGUCUUCUAUUUUAUGCUCAUGUACACCGGUAAUAAUAUUCUGCCAAUCGUAAAGUUCCUUAAGAUGACUCACAUGAAGCAAGCUUUCCGAAGUGACGACACAUUCACAUCUGACAUCAUGCAUCGAAGUAUUCUUGGACAAAUGCUUCCCGAAGCAAUGGUUUGCUUCUUAGAGAAUUAUUCAGCUGAGAAGUUUGCGGAAAUCUUUCUCGGCGAAUUUGAUACACCGGAAGUGAUUUGGAACUCGGAAAUGCGACGGAUGUUAAUUGAGAAGAUAUCCGCUCAUAUUGGUGAUUUUAUUCCACGAUUAAAAGGUCACACAAUGGCACGAUAUCCAUAUUUAGCUAUACCCGUCAUCAGCUAUCCACAACUUGAAAAUGAAUUGUUUUGUCACAUUUACUAUUUACGACAUUUAUGCGACACACAAAAGUUUCCUGACUGGCCGAUUCAAAACCCAGUGUUGCUUUUGAAGCAUACAUUAGAUGCUUGGAGAAAAGAAGUGGAAAAGAAACCACCCCAGAUGACAGUGAAGCAAGCUUACGAGAAUCUUGGAAUUGAUUUGGAAAAACAUCCACAGCCAGAUGAAGCUUUGAUAAGAAAAAGUUAUUAUCGACUUGCACAGAUGUAUCAUCCUGAUAAGAAUCCUAAAGGGAAAGAUAUUUUUAUGCGUGUUAAUCAAGCAUAUGAGUUUCUGUGCUCGAGAACGUCAUGGACAACUGAUGGACCGAAUCCCAAUAACAUUUUUCUUAUUCUCAAGACACAAAGUAUUCUUUUUGAUCGUUAUGCUGCAGAUUUGAAACCUUACAAGUAUGCUGGAUAUUCACAACUUAUAGCAACAAUUAAAAUGGAAACGAAAGAUGACCAGUUGUUUUCAAAAUCUGUUCCUUUGUUAAAUGCUGCUUCCGAACUUUGUUAUCACACAGUUCAUUGUUCAGCACUAAAUGCUGAAGAACUACGUCGUGAGAGUGGACUUGAAGCUUUACUUGAAGCAUAUUCACGAUGUGUAUCAAUUAUGAAUGCUGAUUCAACGCCGUCUGAGCUUCAUUAUCAGAUCAUAUCAAAUGUAACAAGGUGCUUUGAAGUGGCGUGUACAUUCGAAAAGUGCAAGGAGAAAAUUAUUGAACUUCCUGAGCUUAUUGUCGAUGUUUGUCGGAUUGUUUAUUUCAAGCAUUCGCUGUCCAUUAAUUUGGUCACGAGUUUAGCAGCCAACAAUUACCAGCUGCAGUGUGAUCUCAUCCGUAACGGGGUGCUUUGGUCGAUACUUUUAUUCAUGUUCGACUAUGAUUACACCCUCGAAGAAAGUGGAGUGGAAAUUGAGGAAAAGUCUAACAAGCAGCAAGCAUUAAAUAAUCUUGCAAAGUCUUCGGUGAUUGCAUGUGUCGCAUUGGCUGGCUAUAACGUUGCUUUUAAUGCUGAAGAGAAGGAAGUGAACGACGAGAUGCUUCCGGUAGAAGGUGAAAAGCCGAAAGAAAUUCAGGGUAAAGCUGAAGCACCAUCACUUUCGGUCAUGAAUCCAAACGGAAGCUCUUAUACGUCAAAUGCAUCGAAUAUAUUACAGAAUAACUCAAGUCUUGUGCAGACAGUUAACAACGUAGUCAACAACGAACCAAUUUCGCCAGGCGAAGAUGCAAGUGAAACGACAAAGACAGUUAAGAGUUUCAGUAAAUAUACUGUCACGGGAUCACCACAAAACAUUGUUGUGAAGAGUAUCUUAGAUAUUCUCCUGACACCAUACAUUUCCAAUAAACUUGCCAUUGAAGCCGAACACGAAGUACUCAAAAUAUUGACCCAAAACACAAGAAAUCCUUAUUUGAUUUGGGACAAUGGAACGAGAGCUCAACUACUCGACUUUCUUGAAUUUCAACGUCAAAACAGUUCCAAAGAACAAUUUAGCGAUAUUACAGACAUUUACAAUACAACAUCUAAGUUUGUUUACGAUGCGACACGUGAUGAGUUGAAAAUCGGCGGCGUUUACAUUCGAAUUUAUAAUGAAAUGCCGACGUUUCCUAUCCAAAAUCCCAAGAUGUUUGUUCUCGACUUACUUGAAUAUUUAAAGCAAGCGCAUAUUUAUCUUAAUGGAACACGAACCAUCAAUCAACCUUCAUAUCAAAACAGUCCGAAGAAGAUUGGCAUGAUGCAAGCGCCAUUGAUUCCGACGCCAGUAAAGCCAACACAGAAAAAUCUCGAUAACAUCUUGAAUGAUUACAAUCGAUCGAAAAUAAAGAAUCAGUUGGAGAAGAAUGAAAAUGGAACAGCAAAAAUCAAUUAUGACUUUGCAAGCGAUCAAAAGUUUGUCAAGCAUCUGAUCAUGACAUUAAAUUCGUUGAUAUCUGUGAUAAAGCUCAAUCCUAAUGUUGAGCUUCAAUGUAUUGGGAACUUUGACAUUCUUUUUGGAUAUCUAAAUAUAAAUGUGAAAGAGCAGAAUCAACAUAUUAAGACACUCGCACUCGAAGUAAUUUCGCUUCUAUCGCGUAACAAAGAAUGUGUUACUGAAAUUUCCGCAUGUGAAAUUCUCGGCACGUUCUUGCGUACAUUGAAAGACGACGACUUUCAGAAGCAGCGCGUUCUUGACACGCUAUCGGGUUUAACGAAUGCUCCACAGCUGGUGAAGGAAGCUCAUUUGAAAGGUGUUGUCAUAUAUCUUUUGGAUCAAUUUUGCAACUCUAAUAACGCUCAGAUACGUGAAACAAGUGCCGAGUUGUUAGCAAAGAUGACAGGUGACAAGUUGAGUGGCCCCAAAGUGCGCAUAACUGUCACGAAAUUUCUUCCUGCUGUUUUUCUCGACGCUAUGAUUGACUCGCCAUCAAUUUCUGUACAAAUGUUGGAAACUGAACAUGAACAUCCCGAACUGAUAUGGAACGAGAAGACAAGAGAUCGUGUAUCACAAACGAUAAGAAAAAUUGCUGACAAUUUUUAUCAUAAUCAAAAACAAAAUCCGGAUUAUCAAUGGAAAGAUCCGGAUAUGUUGUCAGAUAUUGCCACCAACGAGUUAGUCGUGUCUGGCGUUUAUUUACGACUUUAUGCUGCCAAUCCCGGAUGGACAUUGAGAAGACCACGUCAGUUCUUGUCGGACUUGCUCGACUUCAUUGUUGACAAUGCAAAUCGUUCGGGAACGUCGAAAGAAACUUUAGACAUUUCAACAUCAGCUCUUGUUGGUUUCCUAAAUAAUUCACCACAUUUAGCUGACGCUGUACCAGUUCUCGGUCACAUUCCAAAGCUUUUCCGUCAACUUUCCGUUCAACCCAAAAGCACUUUGACUGUCAUUCAUCAGCUUUCAUUAUCCGAGGUUUGUGUUGCAGCGAUUGCUCAAACAGAAUGCAUUUUGUCACUAAAGAAGUGCAUGGAAAACGAGCGCGAUUUGAUUGCAACAUGCUGUGAGACGCUAACGAGAUUAUUUAAAUGUCAACAUGAUUCGUUGAUUCGACAGUCACUUGAAUGUAUGUUGAUUCAGUUUCUACUUGGUUUACUUAAGUCACGUGGCAAUUUAACAUCAAAUCCAGCAACUGUCAUCGCUCAGAUUGUAUCAGCAUUAAAAACAAUGGCAAUAAAUUUAAAUUAUGGAGAUCAGGUGCUUCAUAUUCUUAAUUCAGAUCCAAUUUGGGCCGAGUUCAAAGAUCAGAAUCAUGAUUUGUUUAUUAUGGACACGCAGAAGCGUGGAAUGAUUGCUGCAGGCCCUUCAAACUCUGUCGCUGGCUAUUUAACGCAAGCUCCCAACAAGAAAAUUGAAGUUGUAAUGACUCCACCACCGGUCGAUCGUGAUGACUUCACCGGCUAUCCAACUGAAGAGCCUUAAUACAUUUAAUUGAAUUAACGCUUGAAGGCUCCGCAUGAUUAAUUGACGAGGCAAAAAAAAUGUUUUGUUCAUUUCUUGCUCCAUCUCAAAAUUAAUGCAAUUAAAUUACGUAUUUUCAUCAGCUUCUUCUUCUUCUUCUUAUUUAUGAUUUUUUUCUUUAACUUAAAUAUGCUAUGAAGCAGAAGAAGAAGAAGUUAAGAAUUAUUUCAAUUUAACUCUCAACUUCAUUUGCUGUUGCGAAAAAUAAAACUUUGGCUAAAGGGAAAAAAAACAACAAUAAUUCAUACAUAAACACAUAGAAAAAAAUACUAAAUUACACACAUACACACACAACACAUACACAGGAAGUAAUUUGCUUUAUGAAAUGAAACUUUUGAUGAGACGUGAUAUCGUACGACAUGAAACACUCGCGUGGAUGUUUCAUUUAUUUUUUGUUUUUUGUUUAGUAAUUUGCAUAUAACGUAGCAAAGCAUUGUAGACUAUAAAGAUUAAUAAAAUAAAAAAAAGAAGUUUAAUUUGUAUUUAAAAUAAUUACAGUGCAUGAUUAACACAAUGUCGGGAUAUUUACAAAGCUAGAUAAGUUUUGUAGUGUAAUCAUGUGAAGUUAUAUUGAAGAAGGCUUCUGGAGUGAUUUUUAUUUCAUUCCACGCCUAAUAAAACUAAAUAAUAAACAACAAGCUCAGUAAUGAAACUUUAAUAAAUGAAUUGUUAGAUAAUUAGAGUUGAGUAUACAAAAUUUCAUCUUUUAUUGUCAAUAUCCUGCAAAUUAUUAUGAACAUUUAAUUUGUAUGUGAUACCCAAAGCACUCACACACCACAACUUGAGGGGGAAAAAGGGAACAUCAAAAGAUUAUUCGUUGUUGUCUCUUUUUUCCCUUUUUCGCGUGAACAUUAAAAAAAAGCAUUUAAAGAAAGAAUUUUGAUUAUUUAGAUAUGUAUCAUGUAAUUUUCGUUUUCGACGAAAAAUAACAAACGUAUAAAGAAUAAAUAAUAAUUAUAACAAACCAAGCAAACUAAAUAAUUAUAAAGAAAUCAUUGAAUAAAAGAAAACUUGAG